AUGGGUGUGCUGGAGAAGCAAGUGCCAAUCUUGGAAAAACCCAAAGACUGGGCUCCACGGCCACCGCCAGAAUUUGUUCGUGAUGUCAUGGGAUCGAGUGCUGGUGCAGGUAGUGGAGAAUUCCAUGUCUACAGACACCUGCGGCGAAGGGAAUACAUGAGGGAGGAGUUCAUGGAAAAGCAAGCAGCACAGCAACGUCUGGAGGAAGAAUUUCAGAAGAAACUGGACAACAAUCGAAGAGAGGCUGAAGAAAAAACAGAGAAACGCAGGAAGAAACGUCAGAAGUUGAAGGAGAAGAAACUGUUGGCAAAGAAAGCCAAGCAGGACCUUACAAAAACCGCAGAAGGCUCUGAUGACACUUCCGGUAGUGAGGAAGAAGAGAACAGCCCCAAAGAGAAGGUGGACGACUGUGAAGAACCAAGUUUUGUAAUGGGUGGUCGGUGACCUGAACCUCCAUGAAACAAGGACUCGAUCGACACAGCAACGUGUGACUGUGGGGAUUUGGUGAUUGGAAACUUCUGGUCCUAAAUACAAGCAGCAAAUUGGUGAAAUUCCCAACAGGUCUGACAGUAUUCAGAAAGUUACUGUUUCAGACUGUGGCUGUCUGUCAGACUAGAAUCCUUCCUCUUUCUGAAUCCUAAUAUUGGCUGCAGUUUUGCUUUGAACAACAGUUGCCUUUUCUCAGCACAGGACCAGCAAAAGAUCUACUUUUCAAUGUAUGAAGUUUUUUUUUUGGGAACAUUUGAUAUUCAAAUAGAAACUGAGUUGCUAAGUUUUGAUUCUCUUGUACAUAGCACACAAAGUUAGUAAACAUUUUAUAUGUUCAAAGUUUUUUAAUGAGUGUAUAUUGUGAAUAUUUGUAACUGUUCUGUAAAACCAGAUUUAAUUCUAAGCAAAGUCCAAGAUUGACUUUUUAAAUCUUUCUUGGCAUGUGAAUUCUAUGAAUCCCUAAUUCAUAGAAUUUCAGAAUUAUUAAAGACUAGAAAGAUAUAAUUUUGUCCAUCAUGUAGGUUGGGUACUGUCCUCUUUUUUAGCUCCUGACUUUAAAGGGAGUGCUAAUCUGAAGCCCCAUAUUUAGUUUUGUAUUUUCUGCAAAGUUGCCAUGCAAUUCCCCUCAAUCUUCCAAUGUCAUGAAGUCAAACCAUCACUGUCCAAGUCAGCAGGGCUGCCAAUCAGAAAGUGAGUUUUUUAAUCCCAACUCUCUAGCAUUCAGCUCCCAACCAAGCUCACAUCUACCCAAACUGUUCAGUACUUCUUGCAGGACUGUCAUUAAGGCUCCCUGUCUUAGUUGUAGUUAGUUAAAUUCCCAGUUCUGAUGUAACUGUUUUGAAGCUACAGUUGAAGGAGUCAAUGCCACUUGAUGCCUGCACUAGGCAGCAGCUUCCUCUGUGGUUAUGAGCAUGGUUUAGCAGUAGCACUUACCUUAAUGCCUGCGGGUCAAGUCUCACUCCAGAGAUCAUUGCGUAAUUCUGUAUGGUUAGAUUGUUGAAAGUACAGUAGAGACUUCUGUAUGAAUGGUUAUCAGAUUUAAUUUACUGUUUCAAGUGGGUGUAAAAAUAAUUCUAUUGCUCUAGAAGAAGAGUGACAAAAUAUUUAUCCUUCAGCGCACAUUACAAAGAAAUUCUGGUCAUUCCCAUUUUUGUUUAUGGGAGAUUCCCAUGAAAAAGUAGCCAGCUGGUCAUUGCAACUAUACAACAGUGACUACAUGUCAAUUACUUCACUGACUCUAAAAUGUGUUGGCACACCCUGAGGCCACAAAUGGUGCUAUAUAACUGCACAUUGUGCUUAUUCGAUUUCCUUGUGCUAGGGUGUUUUAGGUUAUCUGGAUGGGAAGAGGGUUCACAUCUUUGGGACGUGGAGGUAUUUGUUAUAGUGAUUGGCUGCUCCUGUACAUGUACCGGGCAAUCUUUAUGCAGGCUGUAUUUUACAAGCUGUUUUCCAAUGGAAGAUGAGUUUGGGAGGAGCAGGGCAGCAUGGUGGUUCCAUGGGAAUUAUCCAGGAAGAAUGAUGUGUAUCCCAUAGGGAAAUGUCUAUUCAGGAAACGGGCAGAGGGAUAAUUUAGAUAAAUGAUCUGUUGCUGUUGUGGUGAGUGAGGGUGAGGAGUUGUGUUUAGUGAGAAAAGUGAGUGCUGACCUCCCUCUUCUUGAAUUGCAGUGACUGUGCUGUUUAGGUUGUGAGAUCGUCAAUACUCAAGGGGUCCAUUUACACCAAAUGAUCAAUUGCUGAUCUCACCAGUCACUCCCCUUAUCCAGUGAAUAACUGAGAAAGUAGAAUGAAGAAUAAAGUACAGUACAGUACAGUUCAGCAACAGGCGCUUUGGCUGUUACAUGAGGCCUUUCUAACAUUAAAAAUCUUAUGUCUCUAUGUGGUCCAUAUCCCUCUUUUGUUUUGGGUGGGGGAGGCAAUGGCCUAGUGGUAUUAUUGCUGGACUGUUAAUCCAGAGACGCAGGUAAUGUU